GACGCAGUUUCACUCUUGUUGGCCAGGCAAUGGCGCGAUCUCGGCUCACUGCAACUUCUGCCUCCUGAGCUCAGAUUCUCGUGCCUCAGCCUCCCGAGUAGCUGGGAUUACAGGUACCCACCACCACGCACGGCUAAGUUUUUGUAUUUUUAGUAGAGACGGGGUUUCACCAUGUUGGCCAGGCUGGUCUCGAACUCCUGAGCUCAGGCGAUCCGCCCGCCUCAGCCUCCCAAAGUGCUGGGAUUGCAGGCGUGAGCCACCGCGCCCGGCCAACGCCCUGCUAAUUUUAUCAUUUUCUUGUAGACAUGGGGUCUGGCUGUGUGGCCCAGGCUAGUCUCCAAUUCCUGGCUUCAACUGAUUCCCCUGCCUCAGCCUCUCAAAGUGCUGGGAUUACAGGUGUGAGCCAACGAGUUCGGUCUCACUCUACUUUAAAAAAACCUUUUAAUCAAUGUAUAACAGACAUAUAGAAAAGGACACAAAUAAGCGUAGAGCUUAGUGAAUGUUCACAAAGCAACAACACCUGAGAUGAACCAGCACCCACAUCAACAAGCAGAACGUUGCUAGCAUCUCUGGAGUGAUGCUCAUUUAGCCCUACGAAACCUCAUGAAGCCGACCGUUUUAUCAUCCCCAUUUUACGCACGAGGAAACAAGCAUGGAGAGGUCGGUCUCAAGCAAAGCCCUGUUGAAACUGGCAUUUGAAUCAGAUCCGCGGACCGACUCCAAAGCCAAUACUCUCAAAAAGCAGGUUUAGGGGUUAGACGGUGAGUUCAGCUUUGAACAAUGUUGAGUGGGCGUCUCGUUUUACAGAAACUUACUUCCCGACGUCACAGCCACAGAAACCACAGGUAACCAGACGCCUGCACGUCAGGCCACCGAAGCCUUGGUCUACACAGCGCAGCCUCCAGUGAGCCCGCGGCAUGCCGCGCGGCCUCCCCACACACGACGGCGCUGUCGCAACCACAGUAGAAAGAGUGGCACUCUCUACUGUCGCGGAAUUCUUGAGGCCGGAAGAAUAACAGGGGAAAGGUCACGUAGACGGCGCGCCCCGCCCCAUACGCCUAAGUUCUCGCGUGACUCCCACUUCCGCCCUUUUGGCUCUCUGACCAGCACCAUGGCGGUUGGCAAGAACAAGCGCCUUACGAAAGGCGGCAAAAAGGGAGCCAAGAAGAAAGUGGUUGAUCCAUUUUCUAAGAAAGAUUGGUAUGAUGUGAAAGCACCCGCUAUGUUCAAUAUAAGAAAUAUUGGAAAGACGCUCGUCACCAGGACCCAAGGAACCAAAAUUGCAUCUGAUGGUCUCAAGGGUCGUGUGUUUGAAGUGAGUCUUGCUGAUUUGCAGAAUGAUGAAGUUGCAUUUAGAAAAUUCAAGCUGAUUACUGAAGAUGUUCAGGGUAAAAACUGCCUGACUAACUUCCAUGGCAUGGAUCUUACCCGUGACAAAAUGUGUUCCAUGGUCAAAAAAUGGCAGACAAUGAUUGAAGCUCAUGUUGAUGUCAAGACUACCGAUGGUUAUUUGCUUCGUCUGUUCUGUGUUGGUUUUACUAAAAAACGCAACAAUCAGAUACGGAAGACCUCUUAUGCUCAGCACCAACAGGUCCGCCAAAUCCGGAAGAAGAUGAUGGAAAUCAUGACCCGAGAGGUGCAGACCAAUGACUUGAAAGAAGUGGUCAAUAAAUUGAUUCCAGACAGCAUUGGAAAAGACAUAGAAAAGGCUUGCCAAUCUAUUUAUCCUCUCCAUGAUGUCUUCGUUAGAAAAGUAAAAAUGCUGAAGAAGCCCAAGUUUGAAUUGGGAAAGCUCAUGGAGCUUCAUGGUGAAGGCAGUAGUUCUGGAAAAGCCACUGGGGAUGAGACAGGUGCUAAAGUUGAACGAGCUGAUGGAUAUGAACCACCAGUCCAAGAAUCUGUUUAAAGUUCAGACUUCAAAUAGUGGCAAAUAAAAAGUGCUAUUUGUGA